AAAUGAGCCAAAGACUGGGGUACUUAAGUGCACUUUAAAAUUUGGGGUCUGAACUUCAAUUUUCUCUUUCCAAAUUAGUGAAACAGGAAGCAGUAAUCUGUGAGAACUCAAAACUUCACCCAGCCAUUCUUCAUCACGUCACUGAUUGCUCUUAGAAAUCUUGACUUACAACUUUAGAGGGUGUGCCCAGAAGAAUUUCAAAGCUCAGAGAUGAGGUGUGUUGAUCUCUGUUGAGAAUGAAACUGGCAUGAAUGCUGGAAAUCCAUGUCUCUGACGGCUUUUUGCUUAGUGAAGUGCAUCACUGUGGACUGAAGUUUCAGAAAGAAUGCUUCAAACAAUUAAAGAUUGGUUCUGGUUGGAAGAAUUGUGGCUUCCUCCAACAAUAAAAUGGUCAGAUCUUGAAGACCAUGAUGGACUCGUAUUUGUAAAACCUUCUCAUUUAUAUAUAACAAUUCCUUAUGCUUUCCUCUUGCUGAUCAUCAGAUACUUUUUUGAAAGGUUUGUUGCCACACCGCUAGCAAAGGCUUUUGGCAUAAAUAGGAAAGUCCCAAUGAAGAUUCAGCACUGUCCUAUCUUAGAGAACUUUUUCUUCCAAUCCACCAGGCAUCCUUCCCAAAAUGAUCUAUAUGGUCUAGCAAAGAAGUGCAACCAGACUGUACAAGAGGUUGAAAUAUGGUUUAGGAGACGGCGUAAUCAAGAGAAACCUUGCAGACUAAAGAAAUUCCAGGAAGCUUGUUGGAGAUUUACAUUUUAUUUAUUCCUAACUAUUGCUGGAAUUGGAUUUCUAUAUGAUAAACCAUGGCUCUAUGAUCUAUGGGAAGUUUGGAAUGGCUAUCCAAAGCAGCCAUUGCUCCCAUCUCAAUACUGGUACUACAUGUUAGAGAUGAGUUUUUAUUGGUCUCUGCUGUUUAGACUUGGUUCUGAUGUCAAGAGAAAGGAUUUUCUAGCCCAUGUCAUUCAUCAUCUGGCUGCUUUAAGUUUGAUGAGCUUCUCUUGGUGUACCAAUUAUAUUCGUAGUGGGACAUUGGUGAUGCUUGUCCAUGAUGUUGCUGACAUUUGGCUUGAGUCUGCAAAAUUAUUUUCUUAUGCUGGAUGGAAGCAAACAUGUAACACUCUGUUUUUCAUCUUUGCUGCUGUGUUCUUUAUUAGCCGCCUCAUAAUUUUCCCCUUCUGGAUCUUAUACUGCACAAUGAUUAUACCUCUAUAUUACCUUAAACCUUUCUUUUCAUACAUUUUCCUCAAUGUGCAACUUGGGAUACUGCAAAUUCUUCACCUCUACUGGGGUUAUUAUGUACUGAAAAUUCUCAGGAAAUAUGUAUUGAAAAAGGAAAUGGAGGAUGUACGGAGUGAUGAUGAAGAAGAUGAAGGGUCUGCUGAAGAGGAUGAACCAGAGAGUUUGAAGAAUGGUCUUAGAAAAAGCAGGAAGCCAAUGCCCAAUGGUCAGCCUGAUCAUUAGUCCUGAGCCCCACAGUCCCUCAUGUAGUGCUGUUUGAUUCUUAUGGGGGCAUCUAACUUCAUAUGCUGCAUCUGAACUGAGAAUCACAGGCUCUUCUGUACCAUGUUCGGAUUUAUUGCUGCUUCCAAGGCCUGGAGAGGAGCUGAGGUCUCCAAUGCCUCUUCCCACCUCACCAACAUUUUUGCUUAACUUAUGAAAAUUUGUUAAUGGGCAGGUCACCUUGAGGUUUUUUCUUUAAAUGUUUAAACCCACAUAUCAAAUAUUACCUAAUUAAUUUAUAGCAUUUAAGACUCUAGUUCAGCAAGGAUUUUAAAAGUUUCUUCAGAGAAAGGCUUAAAAUAAAAUUAGGUUAAUCUUACAUUAAAGAGAUUUUGAUUUAAUUUUUUUUUUGUUUUACCUCCUUACCUCCAGAACCUGACUGGUACUUAUCCAUGGUUUUGGAAGUGUUAAUGGGUUUCUUUAUUUGGAAUGUUGUUCAGUUUCUAUGAUGAUUCGACAUCUUUUGGAAGACCCAGGUUAGCUUCUGUUUAAUCAGUCAUCCUGGGCAGGUACAAAAGGAAUUUCCUUUUAGUAGCAUUAGUGUCAAGUAAACUUAUAUGGUUUUCCUUCUGGUAUCACAGGGAGUCAUUAAUGUUCUCUCAUUUUAUUGAAGUACCUUUAUCUUGGCCUUACAUUGGACUCUAUGCAGAAAUUCUAUACUAAAGGGUUUUAUGUAAUUAUAAAAGUAUAAAAAUCUGAGCAACUGGAAGAAUAGGAGAGGAGAAACUUCUGGCAAGGAUCUAAUUUUACCUAAUGGAACAACCUCUAGAUUCCCAGUGUAGCUGUAUCUCUGCCUGAAAGCCACAAGCAGACCUGAAGUCAGUGGAUCUAUGGGAACAGAACUAGAGGAACUGAGGAUGCAAAUAAGGAGUAAUGAGAAUUCUAGUACACUCUAAGCAAGUAUCAUUUGUCCCACCUCAUUUUCUUUCCAGUUAUGCCUCCUAGUGAUAUUUUAUUUCUGGCUGGUAUGGGUUCUUAAUGUCAUGGAAUCUACUGGACUAUCACUAGGGAAACCAUACCUGCCUAGCACAUUCUGGAAUUAUAUGGCAUUUUACACACUGGAUAUCUUUUGACCUAUAUAGCCUGUGGGUCAAUAAAAUAAUAAUUCAACAGCAGCAGUUUCUUGGUCUAAUUCUAUGGCUUAUUUUUCCAUGGAGUAUACUAUACGCAUUUAGUUUGUGGAUAGUCAACAGUUGCCCAUCAACCAUGAAAGAAGACCUCUCCUGUUUUUGCCUUUCCAUUUUGAAAAUAUACUAUGCAACUGAACAACUAUAUCAGAACUGAGUAAAGUCACUGGACAUGGAAACCACAUGCUAAACUGUCUCAUCUGCAUUAGGGAGGAGAAUCACAAUACUAAUAUUCCUUAAAAAAACUUAAAACACUGGAAAUGAUAUGGAAAAAAUUGCAAAUCCUGGACAUAAAUGAGAUAAGCCAAGGUGUUGGUGAGCUCAGUGGAAGGGGGUUGAAUGUAAAUUCUUCAGGAUAUAUUGUUAUUGAAGAAAAAAAACUGCAAAAGGCUUUAGGAGUCAUUCUUACAGUUUAGAGUAUUGGGGUUUCUUGGUGCAGAAAAAAAUGAACUAUCCUUAAUGAGAAUUUCAUUCAAUCCAGCAAGCAUUUAUUCCUUCAAGGCAUACAAAGAUAAAAUAAAGACAGCUUACAUUCUCCUGGAGUUUCCUGGAAAAAUCCUGCUUGGAGUCUUAUUGCCCUCGGAGAAGUUCCCUAAAGAUUUAUCUUUAUGGCAUAAAACUAUACUUGAAUUUGCUGGUACCCAAAACUUUAAAGUAUUUUUUUUCAUUUUUCUUUAAAUUGCUUUAAUUUUUUUUUGGUCAAUUGGUACCUUUACUCUUUGAUGAGUGGUCUAGCAAACUCCAGCCACAGCAUCAAGCCAAAGUUUGGGAGUAAGAUUAUAGAGACUAGGUAACCAUUUACACAAGGACAGCAGUGUCAUCUAGGAAUUUGAAGGACAUUGAAAAACCUCUAAAGAUGUUUCUGAACUUUGUAAACAAAAAAUAUGAAAAGAAACAAAACUUACUUUGGACCAGAGCAAAGACCUUUAAAAAACCUUAUUCUGAAGAAGUACUUUUGUGGAAUGAGAUCAGAGGAAAUAAUCCAGCAAGGAGAACAUUUAUUUUCCAUGAUAACAUUUGUGUCUAUGUAGACAAUAGCAUUUGUAAUAUAUGUAUAAUGUCAUAUAUAUAUGCAAAUGUAUGUGCAUGUAUAUUGAGAGAUUUAUGAAUACUUCCUCUUGAUUUUAGUGUGCUACUCUUACUUUUAGUAGUUUUUAUUGGGAGGAGGGGGAGAAACACUAGUGUCCUACUUUACUUUCUCCAUUUGGGUUACUAAUUCAUCUAGACAUCUUUUACUUUGUUAUUGUAUAUAAAAUAUAUUUGCUUAUAGUAAAAUGUGUACCUAAACAUAAUUUGUUCCCUAUGUCCAUCUUCACUUUUAUAGUUUAAAAAGAAAUUAAACUAAAAAUUGUAAAAAGGAAAUUGAGUUAGUAAAUAGUGUAUGGUGGUUUUCCUCAUUUUUAUGUAGAGGGUAAUUGGAGUACCAACAUCUUCUACUUUUAAAAUUCUGUUACCUACACAGAGUGUUGUGUUAAAGGGAAGUGUUCAUUUUUGUGAUUGGUUUUAAAGAUGAUAGUUUUCUCUGGGGAAAAGUACAUAGGACCAUACAAGAAUGAGUGGCUAUAAAUAAUGCAACCCCAAGUGUCAAGAAUUAUUGUUUUAAUGUUAGAGGAUAACUUAAAAUAAAAUAAGGACAAAACUA